AUGCAGUCCGCAAGUAAAUUCAGUAUAUUAAUUGCUUUGGAGAUUCCAGCAAUCUUUUUUUCUAUUAUUAUCUUCGCAUACUUUGCUGUAAAUCGUACGGCUCGAUCAAAGUUUCAAAACCAUGGUUGGCUUGUUUUAGUCACUAUUAGUUUUAUCCAAGUUGUUAUCGAUUUACCCAUGCCUAUGAGUUACUAUUAUGCGGGUCGAGUUAUUCCUGCAUCAGAUUUAUAUUGCGUAUGGUGGACUUGGUCUGAGUUUUCCUUGAACACGAUAGGUAUCUUUCUUAUGGCAUGGAUCUCAAUCGAACGGUACAUAUUUAUUUUUUAUUCCCAUACAAUAUUUCAAGGGCGUUUUAAAAAAUGGAUGUAUCAUUUUAUACCAAUUGCCAUCUGUCUCUGUUGGACACCAUUCUUCUAUUGUUUAGUAGUUAUUAUUAGUCCGUAUUGUAGUCAGACAUGGAGCUUUGAUCUGAUUAUUUGUGGUGUACCAUGUUAUUACAUCAAAAAAUCUGUCGGUCAAUUUAAUUUUCUUUUUAACGUUGCAUUUCCUGUGUCGGUUAUAUCCCUUGUUAAUAUACUACUUUUCAUUCGAGUGAACUAUGAGAAAAUAUCCCGGCAUCGAAGAAUUAAUUGGCGAAACCAUCGUAAAAUGAUCCUUCAGCUCUGGAUAAUUUCCUCUAUAUACUUGAUAUGCUGGCUACCACUGAUGAUCACGAAGUUUGUUCAAAUCACUGUUAUGCCUACAUUCAUGGUUGACUAUCUUGACAUAAUCCUAUUUAAUGUCUACCUAGUUCCACUAUUUUUACCAAUGGUGUGUCUCAGCACAUUACCCAAACUCGUAAGAAAAUUAACGAGAUUCAUUCAUGAACGAAACCGGAACAAAGUUGGAGUAACAAUACUUAUCGGUGUGCAUCAACGCAUUGGUGGUGAAAGAUAA